AUGGCCGACAUCCUGAGUAUCGGCGGUGAGCCGAUCUUCGACGAGCGCAUCGUCGGAAUCGAGACUCACACGUAUAACCCGUACGUCAACACGACGUUCGGACACAACGACGAGAUACGAAUACCCAUACAGCAGCAGGAUCUGUAUACACUGCCGUGCGAAAGUUUCCUGUACGUCGAGGGACGACUCAACGACGACGGCACGACGAAUGAGGAACAAUACGCGAAAUUAGUCAACAACUGCGUCGCGUUUAUGUUCGACGAAAUUCGAUACGAGCUCGACGGCGUGGAGAUCGACCGGUGUAGAAACGUCGGCAUAACCAGCACGAUAAAGAGCUACGUGUCGCUGACCGUCGAACGAGCCAGAAAACUGCAGAACGCUGGAUGGAGUUAUCCGACGAGCGAAUCAAAUCUGAACAACGCGUCCCAUCAAUUCAACUUUUGCGUACCUUUGAAUAUUCUUUUGGGUUUCUGCGAGGACUACAGACGCUUGGUGAUAAACGCGCGACACGAGCUUAUCCUGAUACGCUCUCGUAGCGACCACAACUGCGUCGUAGAUCCGAAGAAGACCGUGCCGAGAGAUCCGGCCAAGGAUCCUAAAAUUACGUUGUUGAAAGUGCAAUGGCGUAUGCCUCACGUGGCGCUGAACGCCGUGACUAAAUUAUCGCUGUUGCGAACGUUGGAGAGCGGACGAUUUCUGAGCGCGGGCUUUCGCUCUUGGGAUCUGUACGAAUUUCCCCUGCUGCAGAGCACGACCAAGCAUUCACCGGACGGCGAAACGAAUUCGCGGGCGACGUUCGAUCAUUGCGCGCUCGCCAACGUGAAAUUGUAUCUCAACUCGGAAUUCUAUUCCUACGACGACGUGAAUGUGGAUUUCGAGAGCGACAAGUUCGCCGUGCUGUACGAGAUGUACGCGAAAUUUCAAUGA